GAGGGCUUAAUCAGAUGAUGACAGCGCAGUAGACGAUGAUGAUCCAGAAACCAGUGAUGGACGUGAUUGCCCCCUGGACGAGAUCCCACUGGAAUGUGAAGAUCCAGAAGAUGAAGUUCCGGAAUCACCGCCAGAGGAUUCUUAUCACAGCUCUCCAGCGCCCAGCCACGGAAAUGAUGAAGCCGAAGACAGAGACAUUAUGCAUGAUGUGGAUAAUACAUGUGACAUGUUUUACAGCUCACUGCUUAUCGCCCCGGAUGCCCUGGAAUCCAGUGAUGGAACACAAGUGCCAGAUGGAGAUGGUCUCAGCGACACACGCAUCCACAAAGAUGGCAACGACGAGAAGAGGGACCAUGCUGAGAAAAGAGAUGACACUGAAGAGGAGGCACUCCAGAACAAGGGUGCAGACUCAAGUGCCCCACAGCAUGCACCCAACCCCCAGAGUUCUGUACUUGGGGCCACAUCUGAAGUAACACAACAUGGGCCCCUUUUUCACAUUUGUAGCAAUUCGCAGCGGACGUGUUUGCAUUUUUGUGACUUACAGUGUUGCAAUCUGUGUGUCUACAGGAGAAAACAAAUGAGAAUGAGGAUGAGUCAUCCCAUAACAAGACGACAGAUGAACGCGCCCCCCAGGACGCAUCCAAAGCCCAGAGAUCUGCAAGUGGCGGCACUUCAGACUCUGCAGGAAACAUUCACACUGGUCCAAUAGCAUACAGCAGAAGAAGCGUGCGCUCCACUAGCGAAGCUCAAAACAAGGAAGGUGAUGAUGUAGCA